AUGGAAAUGGAAGUUUCUCAUCCAGCUUUGUCUACCUUCACCAUAUCUCGAGACUAUGAGGAUUCAGAUAAUAUAAAUCCUGUUUUGAAAGGGACUUUUUCUAAAGGGUCCACGUGGAAGAGAAGAGCCAGGGCACCAAAAGAGAAGAGGGUGGAUGAGUAUAUGAACAAUCUAUUAUCAAAGGUAUUCACUGCUUCUGAGGUAAAGACUGCUUUAUUUCAGAUGAAACCAUUAGGUUCCCCUGGUCCUGAUGGAUUCCCAGCUGUGUUUUACCAAAAUCAUUGGGAUAUAGUGGGAGUAGAUGUCACUCGAGCUGUUCUAGAGAUCCUAAAUUCUACUGGUGACAUGUCAUGCCUUAUUUCUAAAGUAUUAGCCAACAGACUUAAGCUUAUAUUGCCUCAGAUCAUAUCUCCUACUCAAAGUGCCUUUGUAUCUGGUAGAUUAAUUCUUGAUAAUGUGAUUGUGGCUUUUGUGGCUAUGCAUUCCAUGAGUUGUAAAAUCAAGGGGCUGCAAGGCUAUAUGUCUUUGAAGCUUGAUAUGAGCAAAGCAUACGAUAGGGUGGAAUGGAGUUUUUUGAGAGCAGCUAUGGAUAAGAUGGGUUUCAGCUCUAGAUGGAUUGACUUGGUGAUGAGGUAUGAUAGUUUACUCUUUUGUCGUGCAAAUGGUGCAGAUGAUAGUUUACUCUUUUGUCGUGCAAAUGGUGUAGAGUGGGUUAAGCUAAUUCAUCUUCUUGAUUUGUAUGAAAAGGGCUCUGGACAGAAACUCAACAAAGAUAAAACUUCAAUCUUUUUUAGUGCUAACACCAGGAGGGAAACUAGAGAUUACAUCAUUUCCAUGGCUGGACUUAGAGCUACCUCAAGUUAUGAGAAACAUCUUGGAUUGCCUGUUCUUAUAGGCAGGUCAAGAAUACAAGCUUUUAAAGGGAUCCUGGAUAGAGUCAGGGCUAGAAUGAGUAAUUGGAAGAAUAAGCUACUAUCUCAAGCUGGAAAAGAGGUCUUGCUCAAGGCUAUCAUUCAAGCACUUCCGACCUACUGUAUGAGAGUUUUUAAACUGUCCAAGGCUCUUAUCAGUGAACUUAAUAGAGUCAUGCAUAAUUUCUGGUGGGGACAACAAGAAAGGGAGAGGAAGACACAUUGGGUUUCUUGGCAUCAAAUGGGAAAAGCAAAAUCAAUAGGAGGGUUGGGAUUCAGAGAAUUUGAAAGUUUUAACAAUGCUCUAUUAGCUAAGCAAGCUUUGAGAAUUAUACAAAAGCCACUCUCUUUGGCAUCUCAGGUCCUUAAAAUGAAAUACUUUCCUACUACAAAAUUCUUGAAGGCAAAGGUAGGUGGCACUCCCUCUUUCAUCUGGAGAAGCAUUUAUUCAGCUAGACACUUGAUUGAAAAGGGAUCCAUUUGGAGAAUUGGUAAUGGCCAGAGUACUCUCAUUUGGCAGGACAGGUGGUUGCCCAUUCCCUCUAGUUCUAAAGUCCAAUCUGUUUCACAUAUUCUGCCUAGGGAUGCCAAGGUGGCUUCUAUUAUCAACCAUACUCUGAAAGAAUGGAAGAAGGACUUGGUUAAGGAGAUGUUUGGAGAAGCUGAAGCUGAUACUAUCAAUAAGAUACCAAUCAAUUCCACUGUGAAGAGUGCAUACCAUUUACAAAAGGAGCUAAAUGCAGUAAGGUAUGGUCAGUCCUCUUCUGCUGUUAAUAAGAAAAUUGAGUGGAUUAACUGUUGGAAUUUUCAAAUUCCAAAUGCUGUGAAGACCUUUUUGUGGCGAGCUUGUCUUGAGUCUUUACCUACAAGGUUUAAUCUGGCUAAGAAGCAAAUCUGUGAAUCCUCGAAGUGCCCUAUUUGUUUGAGUGAGAUUGAAACUGUGAUCCAUAUUUUGCGAAAUUGCCCAUCUGCUAUGGAUGUUUGGAGUCAAGGUCAAUUUGGUUUGCAGAAAAGAUUUAUCAGACCUGAAAAUUUUGGUGAAUUACUUGAGGCACUAAUCUCAACCUGUGAUCAAUAUACUAUUGAAUUAUUUGCUUUAACUACAGCCAAGAAAUAUUUAAAAGAAUUCAAAGAUGCUCAACCCAAGAUUAAUACAUCUUCUCGAGGGAUGAUAGAAGAGGAUUGGCUCUGGAAUCCUCCUCCUCUAGGUGUUACUAAGAUCAAUUGGGAUGCAGGAUUGAAUGCAGGACAAGGCAGAGCUGGUUUUAUCCUUUACUUGCAGAAGCUCAAGGUGCUUUGUAUGCUGUAG